AUGUUCGUGCGCAUGCCGCGCAGGGACCUCACAGACGAGGGCAAGGCUCUCCGCCUCACUCUCUACGCUAACGGGCACCGUCCGACCAACCAAGAGAAGUGGGCUGUGUACGCCCAAAUCGUUGCUCUCCCUGGUUGUCAGUGGUACAGUCGCCACCUCCACUCGAACUGGUGCUCGGAGAACGAUCGGGUACUCGCGAACGCACUCCGAGAUUACAUCGUCACGUGUCUUCACUUCGUCCCCAAUCCCACACUCCAGCAAAUGGUCUUAUGGGCAAACCAAGCCGGCUAUGACGAACGCCAGGUAGUCGCUGCGACUCUGGAGGAGUUCCUGUCCCGCAACUAUGUCGGACCGCCCGGCAACGGUGGACCGUAA